AUGGUCGAAGACCAGAUUAUUGCAAAAGAUGAGCUGAAACAGAGAUGUGAUAAUGAAAAAGAACAGAUGACAAACAGACUAAACUCACAGCAACAGCAAUAUAAAAUGUUGAAGAGUCAGCAUGAAGACAUGGAGACAGAGUUUGGUCGUUUACAGAAUGAGAAGGAAAAAGAGAACGAGGAACACAAGAAACAGGACGAGGAACGUGCAAUAGAAUAUAACCAGUUUAAACAGGAAAAAUCCCUCGAAAUAGCUAGUCUUAAAGAUUCUGUGGCCAAUCUGGAGAGAGAGAAAGAACAGUUAACUCAGCAAAUGGCAGAGCUCAAGUUACAAUUACAAGGCUCUCUGGUAGGUACUGCUCUUGUAGCAAAAGAACCUUAACUCUCACUUCUUCUUGAUUUUUUAUAGAUAUGUCUGUGCAGUCAGGUUGUUGCAUUUCAAAUUUUACACUAGAUCUGUUGAUUAUAUACCUGUAUGUUUCUCUAUGACUGUAUGGACAUUAUGAAAACAAACACCAUACAUAAAAAAAAAUUCAGUUUCGCCACACUUCAGCUUUGUGAUUAGCAUUUCACACUUACUUGCUAAUAUUGACAUCUUUUGUACAUACAUAAUACAUGCUUCUUAGUGUCACAAAUAUAUCAUGCCAUACUAUGUUUAUAUGGUCAUUGAUUUGCCAUCCAUACUGAAAGAAAAAAAUGAAAGUAGCAAAGGUAGAGGUUAGAAUAUGUUAAGUGGCUAAUUUUACAACAG